AUGGCAGAAACAUUACGAGAAGAAGAAGAUAUGCGGUCGGAAAGGGAAUCCAGGGCGUCAGAUGCCUCGGAUGGAUUCGGCCGGAACUUGCAGAGCGAGCUGGAGAACAGCAAUGAGGCGGCAGACCAGGAUACACAGAGCUCCGACGAAGAGGAGGUAGACUGGGAGCAACUCCAAGAGACAGAAGAGAAGGAGUCGAAAGACCAGGACUCAGAUACUUCUACAGCCAUGCUACUUGCGAGAUUGGAGCAGGAGAACGAUAAGCUCGCAACGAAUCCGAAGAGCGUCAAAGUCCAAGUCGUCCAACAGCUACAAUCGGGGUCUAGGAGACCGCGCCCGCCCUCAAUGGCACAGCUACGCGAUAUGGUUCACGGACCGACUCCGCCAGCUCUACGAUAUUCUAUGCUCCCGCCUCCUCCCAUGACCGACCUCGAGUUCUACGCCGCAUUGGUGAAGGAUUACCAACAGACAGCGGCAAGACUACCUACACUCUUGUCAAACAAGAUUCGGAAAGGUGUUCCCCCACCUCUGAGAGGCGUUGUAUGGCAGAGCAUGUCUGGAUCUCGAGAUUCAUCUCUAGAGGAACAGUACGAACGAUUUUCUGGCGAGUCAAGUCCGUACGAGGGCAUCAUCGGCAAGGACCUUGGGCGUAGCUUCCCAGGCGUCGACAUGUUCCGUGACCCAGAAGGAGAUGGACAGCGUAUGCUUGGUCGAGUCCUGAAGUGCUACAGUCUCUACGACCAAAAAAUUGGGUAUUGUCAGGGGCUUGCUUUCCUCGUCGGUCCUCUACUGAUGCACAUGACGGACAAGCAAGCCUUCUGCGUACUUGUCAAACUGAUGGAGAACUACGAUCUGCGAAACUCGUUUACGCCUGACCUGCCAGGCCUGCACGUCCGAAUUUAUCAAUUUCGAGAGCUUCUACGACAAAAUCUGCCCAUAUUGUCGAACCACUUGGAUGAUUUGCAGGUUGACCCGGCCUACGUUUCACAGUGGUUCCUGUCAUUUUUCGCCGUUACAUGUCCCUUACCCAUGCUGUUUCGCAUCUAUGAUGUGGUCUUUGCCGAAGGCGCGUCGGAGACAAUCAUGCGGGUAGCCCUGUCGCUCAUGCGCAAGAACCAGGGACGCAUUCUAGCGUGCACCGAGAUGGAAGACGUCUUGCAGCUUCUCCUUUCUCGCGGCCUCUGGGAUUGCUAUCACUACAACGCCGAUGAGUUUGUUCAAGAUUUUGUCAGCCUGUCCAGCGUUGUCACCAGAAGCCGGCUGCAGGCGCUCGAGCAGGGGUAUCGAGAAGCACAGGUGGCCACCGGCAGUGGCAGCAGCACUACCAGCAGCACGGGCGCAAAUGUGGCCCGCGCCUCGGAGGUCACCACAGCAGCAUCCCGAUUUCUGGGGCGACUCUGGGCCAAUUCAACGAUCUCCACCUCGAAAUCGUCGUCGACAAAUCCAUCGAAUAACCUUAGUCCCGGUCUCAGUGCGCCCCUGCGUCCACUGAGCAUGCUGCGGAGGAGUACCUCCAAGCAAAGCCUGGCCUCGACUCUCAAUUCCAUGGAGGCGAGCUCCUCCGCGUCCUCUGCCGCCAGUGUUCUGAGCUCUGCAUCUACCGACGCCACCUCCCUUUCGCGAGAUUCGUCCGCCGCCGACGACUCUUCAUCAAUCCGCGAGUCCGGGCCUGCCUUUGCGGGCGCCGGCUCCAAACUGACCAUUCACGCCGGAAACAAUGGCAAUUCCGACAAUAAAUACCUACACAGCCAGAUUGAAGACCUCCUCACCGCUCUCAGCGAAUUGCAGCGUCAGCAUGCACUCUUGGCGGAUCAAUUGCAACGAGAGAGGGAAGAUCGAGGCGAGGACCGCAAAGUCGUGCGAUCCCUGCUUGAUGGGCUGAGAAAGAAAGCGAGCACCGAUAGCGUCACGACUACCCAUAGUACGGGAAGCGAAGAGACGAUAAAGCUAGUCGACAGCUCGAAGAAGAACCAAGAGUCGGACACAACUGGAGUGACUGGCAAUGAUGCACCGACUGCGGAACGCUUGUCAGAGCUCCUCGACACUGUCGAAGGGCGAUUUGGAGCAGAUGCGGAUAACAGGAGGUCGUCUGUUCCCCAGACAAAGUCGCAGCUACGAGACGAGCUGGCGACGGCAAAAGAACAAUUAGCGGCUGAACUAGCCAGAUCUCAAGAUGCUGGCCGCAGAGCAUAUGAUCUUGAGCAAGAGCUCUCAAUGGUGAAGGAGCAGUUGCGAGAGAGUCAUUCGCAUGUUCGGAAUAUGCAUCAGGAUAAGCAACGUCUCGAGAAGCAAAUUCAUGGAAUGCGAGUGCGCGCAUCAGCAGAGAGCACGCCAACUCCAGAGCCUACGGACGGCUGGUUCUCGAGAGGAACCAGCACUCCUGCGGCUGGCGGCAACGCCGGUCCCGGGGGCCUUCGAGAGUUGAAGCUUGGACGUAGCAAGUCCACGCCAUCUCAGGUGUCGGGAUACAACAAGCGAAACUCGUCAUUGCUACCGUCUCGCAGUAACCCAGAGGUUUCCAUCCCUGCAGCACCGCUCACUGCCCCUGUCAGCGAGCAUGAUGCCUUGCUGCUCGAGUUGGUGCAGGCAAAGACAGCCGAGGCUAUCGCUCGCCAGGAAGCUGAAGAGGCAAAGCAGAAGCUCGAAAUGUUGAGAAAGGCAUUUGGCCUGGCUCCUGGUGACCUGCCCCCUGCCACACACAACAGUACCGCCGCGGCCACCACGGCUUCCGCAGUUGGCUCGGCUGCUAUGGGCAUGUUUAGUCGCUUCACCGCAUCGACGGCGGAGGGGACAGCAGCGAAGCCUGCGCCUCCAUCUGCGCCGACUGCUCCAGCCACCACAGGCCAGACGGCUGCUGGAGGCUUCUGGGGCUGGAGGAGAUGA